AUGGACUUGCCGCCGAAAUAAUCAUCAAUAUGAUAAAAUAAAGACGUAGCAGUGUACUAUUGAAAGUAAUAAACAUUGAGGGUGAGGUCAGUAGUUAAGUACAGGCAAUAAUAUAUCAAAAUCGAAGUGGCAGCGUUUAGAUUGAGCAGGCCCUACUGAACUUAAUGUCAGGGAUUGGACGUGUAAAUUCAUGGUCACUCCUCACUAUCCUCCUCUGCCGCCUCCUCCAGAAAACUCUCCCUCUCUCUCUCGCGUACUGGUCCCUGUAUGUAGGGAACACAACUCAGAAUCAAGAAAGAGGAAUUGGGCAUAUUCUUCUCUCUAUCUAUUUGGUUCCUUCUGGGAUUCUCUCUUCCUGUUGUUAGCAUAACAGUGGGAAUACAAAUCCCACGAUGGUCUCAUGAUACAUUGAUUCCAAGAAAAUCCAGGACUGUUUAACAGUACUUGGUGGCCUGUGAUGACAGCCGACACGACGGCCCCAAGUUAUUGGUUGAACUGGAGGUUCUUACUCUGUGCAAUAUGGAUCUUAGUGGCAAUGGUGCUUUCAGUACUUGUAAUCUGGAGAUAUGAAGGCCAUAACAAGUCAAGAAACCGACUAAGCGGGGAUCAACAGGAGGCGGCUAGGGGCUUAUAUAAGGGUGAAGCUUGGCGAACGUGCUCACAAUCCAUCCAUCCCAUUUGGCUGCUUGCUUACCGGAUUGUUGCUUUUGGUGCCUUACUGGCAUUGAUUCUUGCUGAUACCAUUGUCCAUAGUGUUGGCAUAUUUUAUUUUUACACUCAGUGGACCUUUACCUUGGUCACAGUUUAUUUUGGGCUGGCUUCUUCACUCUCCACCCAUGGACAUCUGCUUCACCGACAUGAAUUGGAUUCCGAAAAGGAUAACCGUGUUGGGAGGGAUGCGGAACAAGGCUCAUAUGUAGCACCCACACAUGGAGAGAAUUCAGAUACGCCCAGCACGAACAGAAGCUUGAAUCCCCGUGAUGACCCUAAUCACAGAACAGCAUCUGUUUGGGAAAAUGCGUUGCAGAUAAUGUUCCAGAUGUGUGCUGGAGCUGUUGUACUCACUGAUGCUGUGUUUUGGCUCGUGAUAUACCCAUUUCUUACUGGCAAAGAUUAUCGAUUGAGUUUUCUGGUUGUUUGCAUGCAUUCUGUCAAUGCUGUUUUCCUACUUGGUGAAACGAUUUUAAACAGCCUGCGGUUUCCUUUCUUUCGAAUUGCAUAUUUCGUUCUAUGGACAAGCGUGUUCGUUGUUUUCCAGUGGAUCAUCCAUGCUUGUGUUUCAAUGAGGUGGCCUUAUCCUUUUCUAGACUUGUCAUCUCCAUAUGCUCCCAUAUGGUACUUAUCUGUGGGGCUGCUACAUUUUCCAUGUUUUGCUAUCUUUACUCUUAUUUUUAAGAUAAAACAAUUUUGUGUAUCGAGAUAACUUCUCGAUUACAUGGGACCUCCAAAGCGGCGGCAGGCAAUCUCUACCCUUCGACGAGUGACAUCCCAUAUGCGUCAUGAGUAUUGUUUGAUAAAACAAAAUGCACAGUUGACAUAUUAAUCGUAUGCGGUUUUGGUUUGAUUUUUGGUGGUGGAAACUCUGUUCAAAACUAAUACUAUAUUCAAACACUGCCGAAGGCAAAAUUACCAUCUUA